GCCUCGCGCCAUGGGCGGCUAGUCCCAGAGUGCUGGAAGGGCCGGUCGGGAGGCGGAGCGGAAGCCGAGUGCUAGGGACUAGCGGAGUAAAAUCUGCACAAGCUGGGAACCAACCUCCUCUCGACUCCCGCCCCCUGGCCUUUCUCCGUCCCGACCUGGAGCUGCUUCGCCAGUGCGGGACGCAGCUGACGCCCGCUAAUCAGCUCUCGCUGCGUCGCCUCGGCUCAGAAGCUCCGUGACGGCGGCGACCGUGACGGGAAGCCCAAGGCAAGCCAAGUUCUGUUCUAGUUUGGGAGAGAGAGAAAGUCAGAUGCCCCUUUUAAACUCUGUCUUCAAAACUCAUCUCCUGGUUGACGUUAAUAGAGUGGAUACAACCUUGCUGAAGAUGAAGAAUAUACAAUAUUGAGAUUUUUUUCUUUUUUCUUUCAAAUCCUGAUUGUUUUGUGGCUUGCAUCAAGUUACCACUUUUCAGUCAAGUCUGUUUGCUUCUUUAGAAAUGUUUUUUACAAUCUCAAGAAAAAAUAUGUCCCAGAAAUUGAGUUUACUGUUGCUUGUAUUUGGACUCAUUUGGGGAUUGAUGUUACUGCACUAUACUUUUCAACAACCAAGACAUCAAAGCAGUGUCAAGUUACGUGAGCAAAUACUAGACUUAAGCAAAAGAUAUGUUAAAGCUCUAGCAGAGGAAAAUAAGAACACAGUGGAUGUCGAGAAUGGUGCUUCUAUGGCAGGAUAUGCGGAUCUGAAAAGAACAAUUGCCGUCCUUCUGGAUGACAUUUUGCAACGAUUGGUGAAGCUGGAGAACAAAGUUGACUAUAUUGUUGUGAACGGCUCAGCAACCAACACCACCAAUGGUACUGGUGGGAAUUUGGUGCCAGUAACCACAAAUAAAAGAACGAAUGCCUCAGGCAGCAUCAGAUAGCAGUUGAAGAUCACCUUGUGCUGCUCCAUCCGCUGUGGAUUAUAUCCUAUGGCAGAAAAGCUUUAUAAGCGUUGGCUAGGACAGAGUAAUAUUUUACAAUAAAAUCUCUACACAUUUUCAAGGAGUAUGCUGGAUUCAUGGAACUCUAAUUCUGUACAUAAAAAUUUUAAAGUUAUUUGUUUGUUUUCAGGCAAGUCUCUUCAAUGCUGUACUAUGUCCUUAAAGGGAAUUUGGUACCUUGAUGUAGUAAGCAGGUAGGUGAGUUUUGUAUAAAUCUUUUGUGUUUGAGGUCAAGCUAAAACAAAAACACUGAAAGACAUGGAUUUAUUUCUAUAACAUAUUUAUUUAAGUAUAUAACAUGUUUCUUGGACAAGUGGAGAAUAUUUAAUCAUUCUGUCAUUUGUUCUCAAUAGAUGUAACUAUUAAACUAAGGCUAUUUGAAAAUGUCCUUCCUUCUUGUACUAUAUUUUGUUAUUCCAGUUGUGAGCAGAGAAAGGAAAUAUAAUGUUGAAAAUAAUGUUUUGAAAUCAUGACCCAAAGAAUGUAUUCAUUUGCACUAUCCUUUGAAAUAACUGAAGGUUAAUUACUGUAUAUUUUUAAAAAUUACAUUUAUAAGAGCAUAAUCUUGAAAUGGGUAGCAGCCACUGUCCAUUACCUUUCGUUAACAUUGGGGCAAUUUAAUAACAGCAUUAAAAUAGUUGUAAACUCUAAUCUCAUACUUAAAUUUUUCUCAUAUAUAUAUUCUGAAGAAUAAAAUAUUUUUCUGGUAAGAUUUAACAGUAACUAAAGUAUUCAUGAUUUUUCACAUACAUGAAUGUUCAUUUAAAAGUUUAACACUUUGCGUGUCUAUGCUAUCAGGAAAGCACAUUAUUUCCAUAUUUGGGUUAAUUUUGCUUUUAUUAUAUUGGUCCGGGAGGAAGGGACUUGGGAGACUGGAACUCUUGAGGACUUUAGCCAGAUGUAUAUAAUAAAAGUACUUUAGUGCUGCAUUAAAUUGCUGGGAAAAUGUUAACAUUAUAUUGUAUAAGAGUAUCCUGCUUUAAGAAAUUUUGAAUUUGUAUAACAGAAACAUUAUAUAUUCAUUUUAUAUAAUGGCCACUUAAAAUAAUUAAGAACAUUUAAAAUAUAAACUAUGAAGAUUGACUGUCUUUUCAGGAAAAAAGCUACUGUAUAUAGCACAGGAAAUCCUAAUCUUGGUAAUUCUAGUAUAAAACAAAUUAUACUUUUAUUUAAAUUUCCCUUGUAGCAAAUCUAAUUGUCACAUGGUGCCCUAUAUUUCAUAGUAUUUAUUCUCUAUAAUAACUGCUUAAGUGCAGCUAGCUUCUAGAUUUAGACUGUAUAGAAUUUAGUUUUAGAUAUUGUAUUGUUCAUUAUUACAAUAUGCUACCACAUGUAGCAAUAAUUAUAAUAUUUUGUUAAAAUAAAUACGUGAAAAUAUUGUUUCAUGAAAGACAGAUUUCCAAAUCUCUGUUCUCUUCUCUGUACUCUCUACCAUUAUGUGAAGAAAUUAAUUAUAUACCAUUGCCAGGUAGAAGUUUGGAAUAAUUGUUUAGUCUCUCCUAUUAGAUGUGGACAUUUUUGUUUUUUGUUUUUUUUCAGGGAUGAAAUAAAAUAUAUUAUUUCUACUUACAAAACA